AUGGUGAAGAGGAAGAAAGAGAGAAAGAAUGAUCUCCGUAAACUACCCAACGCUAAAGCUUCGACCAAGCUUCCCGCAUCACAACUACAAUCGACUACGUCAAGAACUACAUUAGGACUUUUAUAUCAAAAAGUAUUUGAUCCAAGACAACCUCCGAUUUUUAUUUUUGGACUUUUCAAUUCUGCAUAUUUACCUUUGAUUCCUGAAUCUAAUGUCAAAAUGUCAAUUGAUAACGCAAAAGUCUUAAAAACAGAGCCAUUGGACCCUGCCAAAGCAAAAUGGACAAAACUCGUGUUGUCAACGUAUCGCGAUCCUCGAGGAAAAGUUCGUGAUUGGGAACAUGCGGAACGAUCUACUCGACCGAAGUCAUCUGAGAUAGACGGUGUUGGAAUUGUCGCCAUAAUACAGAAAGAGACCGGCCCGGAAUUAGUUUUACAGAAGCAAUACCGACCACCGUUGGAUAAAUUAGUGAUCGAAGUACCCGCCGGACUUAUCGAUGAGGGGGAAACUGCAGAAGAAGCAGCUUUAAGAGAAUUGAAAGAAGAGACCGGUUAUGUUGGAGUCUUGAGUGAGAGUACACCCAUAAUGUUUAAUGAUCCUGGAUUCUGCAAUACAAACCUCAAGAUGGUGCAUGUUACGGUUGAUAUGUCUAAUCCAGCCAACCAGAAUCUAGUGCCCGAACUCGAAGAGAACGAAUUUAUUGAAGUAUUCACUUUACCUCUGAAGGAUUUAUGGGAGACGUGUAAAAAAUGGGAGAAAGAAGGAUAUGCGAUAGACGCCCGGGUAGGAACUUUGGCUGAGGGAAUUGAAGUUGCCAGGACGCUGAAUUUAUUUUCAAAAUAA